AUGAGCACUGAUGGAGAAAUGUCAAUCUUUGGGCCAGCGGCCCCCUUCCUCCGUAAAUCUGAGCGUGAGCGGACGGAGGCCCAAAGUCGCCCGUUUGACAAUAAGACGGCGUGCUUUGUGAGCGAUGACAAGGAGCUGUACGUGAAGGCGGAGAUCACGGAGAGAGAUGGCGCCAAUGUGACAGUGAAGACGCAUGAUGACAGGGUGAGAUUAUAAUCAUAACUGAUUAAUAACUCUCUGGAUUAAUGAUUUUAUCAAUAUCUGGAUAACUUUGGCCUAAUUUCAUAUUUAGAUUUUCAACUUAACUUGCAGUAAAACUUUGAUUGAUUAGAUAAGACUGAAUCAUCUUCCUCUUAAAGUUCUUGUAGUUCAUCCCAGGGUUGAUUGUGUGGGUGGUCUGUCUCUAAAUAGUCCCCCUUUCUUUUACUUUAAGUUCAAUAUUGUUUAUUGACUUCUGUUGAAUGGCAGUUUUUAAUGGUUGCAUGUUUUCAGACAGUGAAUCCAGUGUCUAGAAGUGCAUCAAAAUUGUAACGUUUAACUUUGGAUCAACCUGUGUCUUUAGACAGUGACGGUCAAAGAGGAUCAGGUGUUUCCAAUGAAUCCUCCAAAGUUUGACAAGAUCGAGGACAUGGUGAUGAUGACUCACCUUCAUGAACCUGCUGUCCUGUUUAACCUGAAGGACAGAUAUGCUGCCUGGAUGAUCUACGUAUGUAUCAUAGAGUUUAGCAUCAGGUACCAGAGUUCAGAUAAAAUCAGAGAGCAAAAGAAAAUUAAUCAAGUUGUUGAGAAGGAAACUUCAUUCAAACUUUAUCAUCCGUGACAGAAUUUAAUGUUUUAAAACUGAUCUACAAGUUGGGGUUAAUUCAUUUACGUAGUUAUAUCUAAUAAGAAGCUGAAAUGAUGAUUGACACAAAACAACUGAAGUUCAACAUGAAGUGUCAGUUUCCUUUUUUAAAUUAGUGAAUUCGGGAAAUGACCAUCAUUUUAUCAGCCAAACAAAUACUUUCUGUCCAUGCGUAUGUAAAUGCUAAACCAUCAUGAUGAAUUGUGCCAGUAUAUAAACAUUUACAACAUCCACAUUACAACGGAAUUAAAGACAAUCAAUGGCUAGCUGGUAUAGCAUCGUGUGUUUUUUUUUUUUGUAUUUUCAGACUUAUUCCGGGCUUUUCUGUGUGACGGUGAAUCCUUACAAAUGGCUGCCUGUCUACAACCCAGAGGUGGUCCGAGCCUACAGAGGGAAGAAGAGGAUGGAGGUCCCUCCUCACAUCUUCGCUCUGUCGGAUAACGCCUACCAGUUCAUGCUGACAGGUGUGCUACGUUCACGCUAACGAGUACAAAAAGUUUAUGCUAACAGGAAUAUGAAGUUCACACUAAUGGAUAUCAAGCACACACAUUACAGACAUGCUAACAGGAGUGUUAGGGUUCGUGCUAACGUUUAUUUGAUGAUGCUUGGUUUCCAGUUGUUGAUUAAUGUGUAACUGGAAUAUGUUUAUAAAUGAAGUCCAGCACAAGGUGCAUUUUUUUACAGACAUAACCUUGGUAGAAACUACCUAUGGCCAUCAUGAGAUGGUAAUUUUAUCUGAUGAGUUUGGGUGACCAUAUUCUGACUUCCCAAAAAGAGGAUAUGACUACACGUGGGCGGAGUCACGAAGUCGCACAAAGUUAAUUUUGAGAGUUUUUCGAGUCAGAUAGAGCAUCUUUUACUCAGUAAGUCCACGUGACACAAACUCAAAACUCACAUACAAAACCGCAGACAUUUGAAGGAUUUUAUAAACGUACCCAGACAAAGCCCGACAAAUCAGGACAGCCCCCCAAAAAGAGGACAUGUCUGGGUAAAAGAGGACGUAUGAUCAGCCUAGAUGAGUUAUAAAUUUGUCAGUACUUCAGACUAAACCGUAAUUCGCAGAAUAACCCUUCAUUACAAAAUGUGUUGAGGCUACAUAAACAAAUCCUUAUCAGUCACAAUCGUUCAGUAAUCAAUACAGGCAGCUAAAUCUAUAAAUAAACUUUGAGCUAGUUAGCAGCCUGUUAGUUCAGCUAGUGCACUGCAAUAAAAAAAAAACCUUGAAAUUUUCUUACAAAACUUUUGACAAAAAUGUCACAUAGGAGGUAGGGAGUUAUUUUGGCACCUAGGAUAUCAUGGAAAUUCCUACACGACUACUUAAUGAACUGCCUCUGUAUUAUAUAUUUAAAUGGAAAUUAGGCGUAACAGAGAUUAUAUUUACUAACAGGUGAGAUAAGUGCAUAAGAUAGAUUUCAAAUCAACACCAGUUAAAGCUAAUCACUGUGUCUCUUUAUAUGCCCUCAGAUCGAGAAAAUCAGUCAAUUCUCAUCACGUAAGUUCUGAUAAAGUUUUCGUCUAAAAAAAAUAAAUAGCCAAAGCAUUAAUUGAAUAUUUCUGUGUAAAUAGAUAUAAGAACUGUAAUACUGAUUCUUAUUUUAGUGGAGAAUCUGGUGCAGGAAAGACUGUCAACACGAAACGUGUCAUUCAGUAUUUUGCAACCAUUGCCGUUUCUGGAGACAAGAAGAAAGAGGUGAACAGUAAAAUGAAGGUGAGUUCACUUCAAUGGGCAGUAGAUUCUGUUUUUAUGUUUCAGUUUUGAGAGUAAUUAAUUCAAAAAGGGUUUAAAUUUGUUUGAUUUUUGAAGGUUCAUGUGUUUUCUGUUGGUUCAGGGGACUCUGGAGGAUCAGAUCAUCCAGGCUAACCCUCUACUGGAAGCCUUCGGAAACGCAAAGACGAUGAGGAACGAUAACUCAUCCCGUUUUGUAAGCUGAAGGAUAAAUUGCGAUUGAACAUCUUUUUUAUGUAACACAUGGACUCUUAACUUUUUUUGUUAAAUUCAACAGGGAAAGUUUAUUCGAAUCCACUUUGGUGCAACUGGUAAACUAGCCUCUGCAGACAUAGAAACAUGUAAGUUUAAACACUUUUUUAAUUUAAAAAAAUAUUUGAUAAAUGAUGUUUUUGAACACUUAAAGGGAUUUUCACUGUUGUAGAUCUGCUGGAGAAGUCCAGGGUGACAUUUCAGCUGUCGGCUGAGAGAAGCUAUCACAUUUUUUACCAGCUCACCUGCAAUAAAAAGCCUGAACUGAUUGGUAAUUUUAUUUAUUAUUUGGGAUUUUGUUAAAGAGAUAUUCAAAGACAGCUAUAAGAGCUUUAUUUCAUCUCUCCAGAUCUUCUCUUGAUCACCACAAACCCGUACGACUUUACCUUUGUCAGUCACGGAGAAAUAAGCGUGAAAAGCAUUGACGAUGCUGAGGAGCUGAUGGCCACUGAUGUGAGUUGAAGAUGAUAAUGCACCAUAAUUUUUUGGUUUUCAUCUUACCUAUUUAUCCUAAUCUAUUACACAGGAGGCUUUUGACAUCCUGGGUUUCACCAGCGAAGAGAAAGCUUCGGUCUACAAACUGACGGGGGCAGUGAUGCACUAUGGGAACAUGAAGUUUAAGCAGAAACAACGAGAGGAGCAGGCAGAGCCGGAUGGCACAGAGGGUGAAUAUCAUCAAACAGCGUUGAUGGAAGGAAACAGAAAUAAAAAGACUUAAGUUAUGAUGUCAGAUUUUAAUUGGUUAUAUUUAGUUAAGUUAAAGGAAUAUAGAUUUCUUUUUUGGUGGGUUUCACAAACUGGGUGUUGACAUGUAUCCAUCACUCAGCUGUGAUUCUUCCUCCAGAGGAAGGAUAUGUUUACUCUGAUCUCUACGGAAAAACCAUCGUACACUGAACUAUUUAGACUCAAUGUAGGAAUUCAUGGACUGUAAAUGACUAAGAUAUUAGGAGCCCCUGCACUCCUAAAAAAGCAUGUUUAUUUUUUAAAUCUUGUGCGCAUAAGAGAUUGAUGUUGUUGGAACAAAUAAUUAUCUUGUGGAUGCACAACAAUUACCAAUGUGUUAAUAUAUUGUAUCAUGUAAUUAUUGUCCUGUGCACACAACAAAAAUAUCUUGUGUGAACAAGUAAUUAUCUUGUGAGCAAAGAAAAUUAUCUUUUGCACACAAGAGAAUUACACAAUAUGGUAUCUUAUGCCCACAUAAUUAUCUUGCAAACAUAGGUCAAUAUUAUGUUUCCACAAAUUUAUAUCUUAUGUACAGAGGAAAAUAAUCUUGUUGGGACAAAAUAUUAUCUUGUGCAUAUAAAAUGAUCAUCUUGUUUGCAUAUAUUUUAUCUUGUGUUAACAUUGACAUUAUUUUGUCAGAACAUGUACGUACCUCAUGCCAACAACACAAUUAUCUUGUACUCAAAAGACAGUUAUUUUAUGUGCACAAGAUAUUUAUCUUGGACGCACAGUAAAAUGAUCUUGUAUGUGUUACUUGUGCACACAUGACAAUCACUUGUGAGCGCACAUUUUUAUAUUGUGCUGCAUGAAGGAAAUUUUUCACUUUUUGGAACCGGUUGUAGUAUUUAUAUUAUAUCGUAUCUUCAUUUAUGGAUUGACUUAAAGAUUGAUGGAUUCAGAUGAAAUUAAACACCAAGAUUCUGAGAGGACAUGGUAGGGAUUUCUGCUUUGAUGUAAAACCAAAGAGAAUGAAACUGAGAUUCAUGCUGUCAUAUUUUUAUCUUAUCUGUGUUUGUCAGAGGCCGAUAAAGCUGCGUAUCUGAUGGGUCUGAACUCUGCUGACCUGCUGAAAGCGCUCUGUUACCCCAGAGUCAAAGUUGGGAACGAAUACGUGACCAAAGCACAGAAUGUGCAGCAGGUCAGACUGCUGAUAAUUUGGUUGUAUUUAUACAUCCACCGCAGAGUGAUAUGAUGUGCUGCUUUCAGUAAUUUGUGAUAAAGAAAAAUUAAACACAGUACACAACUUUGAAAAUAACUACUCUUGUCUGUCUUGAACCCAGGUCUAUAACUCUAUCGGUGCUCUCGCUAAAUCAGUCUAUGAGAAGAUGUUUCUGUGGAUGGUUGUUCGGAUCAACCAGCAGCUCGACACCAAACAGUCAAGACAGCAUUUCAUUGGCGUCCUUGACAUCGCAGGAUUUGAAAUCUUUGAUGUGAGUGUUUACAGUCUGUAGCUCUAAUUUUUUAGAUAGAGGUUUCAUAAAUAGAAGUCAUUGCCGUCGGUAUAAUUCUUGUUUUAGUUUAAUAGCAUGGAGCAGCUCUGCAUCAACUUCACAAAUGAGAAACUGCAACAGUUUUUCAACCACCACAUGUUCGUGUUGGAACAAGAGGAGUACAAGAAAGAGGGGAUCGAGUGGGAGUUCAUCGACUUUGGGAUGGACUUAGCAGCCUGCAUCGAGCUCAUUGAGAAGGUGAGAUUUACAUCCUGAACAUCAGUUAUGUUCUUACUACAAAACUAAAAAUAUCAACAAAGAUUAAAUAGAUAUGUUGAAAUUGUGUUUAUAGCCGAUGGGGAUCUUCUCCAUCCUUGAAGAGGAGUGCAUGUUCCCAAAAUCUACGGAUACGUCCUUUAAAAACAAGCUGUACGACCAACAUCUGGGGAAGAACAGCUGCUUCCUGAAGCCGAAGGUGGUCAAAGGGAAACCUGAAGGUCACUUCACCCUGAUGCAUUACGCCGGAGCCGUCGACUACAACAUCGGCGGCUGGCUGGAGAAGAACAAAGAUCCUCUGAACGACACGGUGAUCCAGCUGUACCAGAAAUCCUCAGUCAAAACACUCGCCAUGCUGUACGCCAGCUUCUCAGGUCAAGAUGGUACGCUUAGAUUAAAAAACAGGGAAAAGAUACCUGUUUACAGAUCCAGCAUCUAAACUGUCGUAUUGAUGUAUUCUUGAUGCAGAUUAUUCAUGUUAUAUAUGGUGACAGUGGCGUGUUGUUGAUGCAGAGGCAGCAGCAGCAGGAGGAGCCAAAAAAGGAGCCAAGAAGAAAGGAGCAUCUUUCCAAACUGUUUCAGCGCUUUUCAGGGUCAGACUCUACCUGGCGUUAACCAAAAAAUCUUGAUUCCUUUUCUGGUUGAAGUGUUUUAGUUUGCAAAUCUGUUGGACUGAGGAGUCUGGUGGAAACUUGGAUUUUACUAUUGUACAUAGGUUAAAAAACAAUAAUCUUAUAGCUGUCACUGAAAAGAGACAGGGCUCAUUAGAAGUCACUUUUACCUUUCAACAUUGAAUUUUCUUUCAGGAGAAUUUGGGGAAACUCAUGACAAACUUGAGAACGACUCACCCUCACUUCGUACGCUGUCUGAUCCCCAAUGAGACCAAAACUCCAGGUGGAUUUUUACUCUCUUCUUAAGACUUUGAAACAACAAUAUAGUACUGAUGGUAAAUCAAGGAUAAGACGUGAUAACUAGUAAAAAUUCAUCAUUGCUGCCUAUCAUAGGUUCCAUGGAGAACCUCCUGGUUAUCCAUCAACUUCGCUGUAAUGGCGUCCUUGAAGGAAUCAGGAUCUGUAGGAAAGGAUUCCCAAGCAGGAUCCUCUACGGGGAUUUCAAGCAGAGGUAAACCACUUUGAAAUGUCUUCAAGUAUUUGGUGUCUUUUGAAACUAAAGUUUAAUUGGACGUUUUAUAAUCCCUGUUGUUUUCCUCUGUCAGAUACCGGAUCCUGAAUGCCAGUGCUGUUCCUGAAGGAACCUUUAUGGACAACAAGAAGGCUGCAGAGAAACUUCUGGGCUCCAUUGACGUUGAUCACACGCAGUACAAGUUUGGACAUACAAAGGUUAUAUUCUCUAACUGAACUCUAAAUGUAGACAUCUUGAGAAUGAUAUGACCCACGUAGAUCAACUUCACAGUUGGAUUAUUUCUGUAUUUUCAGGUGUUUUUCAAAGCCGGUCUGCUCGGCGCUCUGGAGGAGAUGAGAGACGAGCGUUUGGCUCAGGUCGUGACGUCGACUCAAGCUUUAUGUCGAGCCUUUCUCGUUCGGGUCGAGUUUCAGAAGAUGAUGGCCAGAAAGUAAAAAUAUCCUCUUAUUUGUCACUCUUCCCGAGGCAUUUUCCUCUAACCAUAACCAUUCCUCUAACAUUCCCAAAGCCACUGUUGCACCGUGUAGCUGCGUUGACAUGGGCACAAAUAAUCGGAAUAAAUGCGCGAUCAGAAUAAAAAUGCGUCAUGUAAACAUAUAGAUCGGAAGAUUCUGAUCCAGUUCAGCUGAAUCGAAAAGAAAUUCUAUUCUGAUUGAGAGGGAAGGUUAAUGCCGAUCGUUAUUCUGAAACGCGUCCAUGUAAACACUUAUUUUGAACAUGAUUCUCUAACCUGACUCCAUCUUCACUCUUUAACCUUUUGCUCAUUUAUUGAGGUCAGUACAGGAGGUUUCAUUAUUAACACUCUGGCCUCAAACAAAACAGCAGUCUGUGUCUGCUCCUCCCGCAGCAUAACAAGGCGUACAUACAGCGUAAUGAUGUCACAUCUGCACGCACAGUGCAACCUUUGACAGAACAGUAAAAUAAGUACGCAAGGGCGCCAUCUAGUGACAUCAUUUAACAGGGGGAAAACUCCUGAAUUGGAUAGAGUGAGCCACUACUGCGUUUGUUGCUUUGUUGACAGCACAGGCAGAAACACAACUCUUCGUCUGCAGUCGUUUUAGUGAAAUCAGACAACUCUGCACAUCUCCAAAUGCUUCUAAUUUGAAUAAAACUUGGUGCAUGUAUACGCACGUCAUGAUUGGAUCAUUUGAUUUUGCGCCCAUAUAAACAGUGGAUUCAGAUUAUCCGAUCCCUCAAAUUUUUAAUCCGAUUAAGAAAUUUUGCACAUGCAAACAUGGCUUGUGAUUGCUUUGUGUCUGUUUUGAUUGAUGUCCACCAUCUGUGCUAAUAUUCAUUAACCACCAUCUUCAGCUUUGUGCUGUCUAAAUAUAGAGAUUACUGUUAAAAUACCCUUCAUGUUGUUUUGCCAAUGCUUUAAAAAACUAACAGUUUUAUCAAAGUGUCAACAGGCAGGGGAGACAUUAUUAAUGGGACACUAGAUGUGCCAUCACUCCUUUCCUCAGAUAGGAUGUGUUUGAUCAGGUUUUCCCAAGCUAUUCAGUCAAUCACCAUGAUCGAGGGUAUUUGUGGACCAAUCAGGAUCAAGUAUCUCUUGCAGCCAAAUGAUCAAUAUGAAAGCUGUGUAAUAGAUAAUAUUUCAAGUGUGAGAGAGUGCAGCCUUGUCAAACUAACAUUUAUUUAAUUCUAUGAGACACUUGUCAGACAAACAGGACAGGUGAGUUUAUGUGAAAGACAGAAGUUUAAAUCCAGAAUAAAGUGAUCCUGAUUUCGCUCUGACAGGGAGGCCAUCUACACCAUCCAGUACAACUUCCGCUCCUUCAUGAACGUGAAGCACUGGCCCUGGAUGAAGCUGUACUUUAAACUCAAACCUCUGCUGAAGAGCGCCGAGGCUGAGAAAGAAAUGGCCCAGAUGAAGGAGGAUUUUGCUAAACUCAAAGAAGAUCUGAGCAAAUCUGAACACAGACGCAAAGAGCUGGAAGAGAAAAUGGUGUCUGUCGUUCAGGAGAAAAACGACCUGCUUCUGCAAGUCCAGGCUGUAAGAAUUGCUCCACCAUGAACAUGAAGUUUUCAAUAUCACCUGCUGAACUCAAACUCAUCAUGAUCACCUGUUUAACUGGAGUAAGUACCAAGCGUUUUGUUAUUUUACAUGUGUCUGAAUCAGGAGGCAGACAGUCUCCAGGAUGCAGAGGAGAGGUGUGAAGGUCUCAUCAAGAGUAAGAUCCAGCUCGAGGCCAAACUGAAGGAGGUGAUGGAGCGCCUGGAAGAUGAGGAGGAGGUGAACGCUGAGCUGACUGCCAAGAAGAGGAAGCUGGAGGAUGAAAGCUCUGAGCUUAAGAGAGACAUAGACGACUUGGAGCUAACGCUAGCUAAAGUCGAGAAGGAGAAACACGCCGUAGAAAACAAGGUUAUAACAUGAGCAGAUUGCAGAUAAUUUAUCAUCAUGUUUAAGAAGGAAUAAUAAAGUUAGUUCUAUGUGUUCAGGUGAAAAACCUGACGGAGGAACUUAUGAGUCAGGAUGAAAACAUCAGCAAGGUGACGAAGGAGAAGAAAGCUCUGCAGGAAGCUCAUCAGCAGGUGUUAGACGACCUGCAGGCAGAGGAAGACAAACUGAACGCUGUGAGCAAAGCCAAGACCAAACUGGAGCAGCAGGUGGACCAGGUGAGGAACACAAUGACUUCACUUAAGUCAAAGUUUAGAUCCUCCAAAUCAAAUAUUCCUCCAAAACAUGUGAAAGUCAUUUACUCAGAUUCAUACUAAAUCAUUAAAAAAAAACCCAGAGCAGAAGUAGUCAGAACAUUCACAGAAAUUAUGUAAAGUAUGAAAUGUCUUUCAAAUGCAGUGGAGUAAAAGUGAUACAUUUUCCCACAAAGUAAAGCUUAAAUAAUAUACGGAUGUUAAAAAAUGUACCAAAGAACAGGACUCAAGUUAAUUUACUGUGAUUGUCCAACAGUGAGCACUGAUAAUACGCUUAAUAAUUGUCUUUAUAACAAUAAUUUGUUAUAAAGACAAAAGUUAAGAUGCUUUAAAGCUUUAAAGGGAUAUUCCAGCAUAAAUAUGUUAUGGUCAAACACACUGGAACACCGAGUUAGACACCCCCCCGAGAGAUGAAAGUUGCCGACUGCUUGCUUCUCUAGUUUUACCAACUGUAGUAACGACUGCACGAUAGCAAAACACAGCGGUCUAAGGAACCAUAAACAAACCUCAAACAAAACGCCACUCUAUAGCCACAAAUAAUGCUCAGAACAGCACCUAACUUCAUCAACAGUACAUAUAGGGUCUUAGCCAUAGCAGUAGCCACCAAACAUCUCUUUAACUUUGCCUAAUUUCUUUAGCAAAGAGACUAAACACAACUCACCGGCUCUCCUCCAGCAGCCACUUGUUUGUAGGGAGAGCUUGGACGAGUCGAUCACCGAGAGCAGCGGGGUUACGCAGCUCAAAGAAGAACAUAGCGACGUAUUUGUGGCUACAGAGUGGCGUUUUGGUUGAGGUUUGUGCGUGGAGCCCUAAACCGCUGUGUGUUGCUAUAGUGCGGUCGUUACUAAAGUUGGUAUAACUAGAGAAGCAAGCAGUCGGCAACAUUCAUCACUUGAGGGGAUGUCUAAUUCAGUGUGUGUUUGACCCUAACUUAAUUUUAGGACAGAAUAUCCCUUUAAGCUUGGAGAAUAUCUUAAAUAUUCACCUGAAAGUUCACCUGUAUUUGCAGUUUUCUGUGUCUAAAAUGCUUUUGUGUGCUUCGAAGCUGGAAGCGUCUCUGGAACAAGAGAAGAAGAUCAGGAUGGAUCUGGAGCGUGCAAAGAGGAAGCUGGAGGGAGAUCUGAAACUGAGUCAAGAGUCCAUCAUGGAUCUGGAGAACGAGAAGCAGCAGCUGGACGAGAAGAUGAAGAAGUGAGUCUGUCUUGAAGAAUUUGGCUCCUAUGAGGGUAAAAACAGCGAAAACAAUUGUCUGAAGUUUGCUCUUCCCCCCGUGUUUGUAAUAAUUAUCAUAAAGGCAAGAAUCAUGAGAAACUCUUAUCAUCUAAAUUAUACCAUUAAAGCUGAUUAAAAAGUCAUACAUUUUUAAGCUGAUUUAACAGAACAUUUUAUUUAUGAUGAAUGAAAAAUAAAGCUGAAGAUUUAUUUUAACCAGGAAAGACUUUGAGUGGUCUCAGCUGCAGUCAAAGUUGGAGGACGAACAGGCUCUGGGUGUUCAGCUGCAGAAGAAAAUCAAAGAGCUGCAGGUGAAGAUUAAGACUCCAAAUCUAUUUUAAAGUGAUUUUAAGAAAAAAACUAAAGUUGUUUUAUUCUUCGUCUCUGAUCUACAACGUUGUCUUCAGGCUCGUAUCGAGGAACUGGAGGAAGAAAUGGAGGCUGAGCGUUCGGCACGAGCUAAAGUGGAGAAGCAGAGAAGUGACCUCUCCAGAGAGCUGGAGGAGGUGAGCGAGCGACUGGAAGAGGCGGGAGGAGCCACAUCCGCUCAGGUGGAGCUGAACAAGAAGAGGGAGGCGGAGUUUCAGAAACUUCGCAGAGAGCUGGAGGAGAGCUCGCUCCAACAUGAAGCCACGUCAGCCGCCCUGAGGAAGAAACACGCCGACAGUGCGGCUGAGCUGGGCGAACAGCUGGAUAACAUCCAGAGAGUCCGACAGAAGCUGGAGAAAGAAAAGAGCGAGCUGAAGAUGGAGAUGGAUGACCUGGUCUCCAACAUGGAGAGCACAGCUAAGGCUAAGGUUAGCCAUCAGAUCCUGAACAUCUGUCAUUCACAGGAUCAUCUGGAGUUCUUAACCAAGUUCUUUUUUUUGUUUUUAAUUUUAGAUAAAUUUAGAGAAAAUGUGCCGCUCGCUGGAGGAUCAGCUGAGUGAGGUGAAAACCAAAGAGGAAGAACAUCUGAGGCUCAUCAAUGAUCUGUCCAGUCAGAAAGCUCGGCUCCAGUCAGAAAGCGGUAAAGAGUAUAGCAUCAGGAAAUUUAAGUCAUUCCAAAAAAAGUUGGUAACGUGUUGAUUAAAGCAGAAUUUGAUGGUACGGAAAAAAUCAAAGCCUGUAUCUGAUUGGAAAUAGUAUAAGAAGCAAAAUAGUGGUAAUUAAAACUGUGAAGAAAAGUGAUUGUGAAAAAUAUAUGCUUCUUCUAGCAACAGGUAUCAAAAAGUUCACUAAGUGCCCAGAUCUGUAAACCACCCAUGCAAUGAUCACUUAUGCAUUCCCGAUAUCAUCGCUGUCUUUCUACUUGCCGCCAGAAACAAGCCGGUUGGUCCAUCUCCUCUUCGCUGAUGAGGAUGCUGAAUCCAUGAUUUCCAAUUUAGAUAUAACAAAGUCAAAAUAAUCCCAAAUGUCCCCAUACUGCCUGCGUUCAAAAAGCAUCUGAAAUCACAUUUAUUCACUGAGACCCAUGGUCCUUAACCACACCGCCCCACCACCCCCACUUCUACCCCCUCCCCUCCUCUCUCCUCUUUCCCCUAGCACCAUCUCCUUUUGUAAAGCGACCUUGGGUUACUUGAAAGGCGCUAUAUAAAACUAAGUUAUUAUUAUUAUUAUUAUUAAACUAUUGAGGUGACAAUAAAAAAAACAUGCUCUCUUCAGCAAGUCAUUUCUGAUUCUUUCAUCUUUCUUUUCAGCUGAAAUGUCUCGUCAGCUUGAAGAAAAAGACUCUUUACUGUCACAGUUAACUCGAGGAAAACAGGCGUUCAUUCAGCAAACUGAAGAGUUGAAGAGACUCCAUGAGGAGGAGGUGAAGGUGAGCGCUGAGAGAUGUGACCUUUAGAGAAAGCUGGGGGUCAAGAUAACUCAGUUGAAAAGAAAAAGACAAGAGCAUUGAAGUGCUUCGAUGUUAAAGUGUGAAUCAGAGUUUAGGACGUAUCUCAGUGUUAGAGAGUGAUUCUGUAAAUCCUCAUCAGGCUAAGAGCGCUCUGGCUCACGCUCUGCAAUCGUCUCGCCAUGACUGUGAGCUGAUCAGAGAGCAGUACGAGGAGGAGCAGGAGGCCAAAGCUGAGCUUCAUCGCUGCCUGUCCAAGGCCAACAGUGACGUGUCUCAGUGGAGGAACAAAUAUGAGACAGACGCCAUCCAACGAACCGAGGAGCUGGAGGAGGCUAAGUAAGAAGAAAACCCUUAAAAAUACAGUUUAUUUCAAAUGUUUCAUUAAGGUGAAAUGACAAAAGUAUUUAUAUAUAUUGUACAUAAUCUGGUCUAUGGUGUCUCCCCCUGCAGGAAGAAGCUGGCUUUGCGUCUGCAGGAGGCAGAAGAGGCGGUGGAGGCGGUGAACUCCAAAUGUUCAUCUCUUGAGAAGACAAAGCAGCGUCUGCAGGCAGAGGUGGACGACCUGAUGAUGGACGUGGAGAGAUCGAACGCUGCUGCUGCAGCUCUGGACAAAAAACAGAGAAACUUUGACAAGGUUUCAUCAUCAUAACGUUUUGAUUUAUAUCUCCAUCAUAUUCAUGCUGAGGGUUUGUGUCUGCAGGGUUUGUUUUGACUGAAAGUUCAGGUGGGGGGUUUGCGCUUUUUGUGUUUCCAUACUGUUGAUAUUUCUCUCUUGGAUUCAUGUUAAAAAGACUCAAAUUUCCUGCUUUGAGUUGAAAGUAUUAAGUGAAGAAUUUCUUUCAGGUUCUGUCGGAGUGGAAGCAGAAGUACGAGGAGGGUCAGGCAGAGCUGGAGUCAGCUGUUAAAGAGGCCCGAGGACUUGGCACAGAGAAUUUUAAGAUGAAAAACGCCUUUGAAGAGUGUCUGGAGCAACUGGAGACACUCAAACGGGAAAAUAAAAACCUGCAGCGUACGUCAAAGCUGCCUCUUAAUCUCAGCCUGAGCUCCAAGUCUCUAAAAGCAGAAAAAUAAAACCUUUUUUAUCCUCUUCUCAGAGGAGAUCAUGGAUCUGACCGAGCAGCUAGGAGAAACUGGGAAGACCAUCCACGAACUGGAGAAAUGCAAGAAACAGGCUGAGCAGGAGAAACUGGAGGCUCAGACAUCUCUGGAGGAGGCUGAGGUGAGAAAGAAUAAACUUUUCAAUAUUUAAACUUCCUCGGAGACUAAUCUAUCCUCUGUUCUCAGGCCUCCCUGGAGCACGAAGAGUCCAAGAUCCUGCGAGUCCAGCUGGAGCUCAACCAGGUGAAAUCUGAGGUUGACAAGAAGCUGUCGGAGAAGGACGAAGAGAUGGAGCAGCUGAAGAGAAACAGUCAGAGAAUCAUCGACACCAUGCAGACCACGCUUGACUCGGAGGUUCGCAGCAGGAACGAUGCUCUGAGACUGAAGAAGAAGAUGGAGGGAGACCUUAACGAGAUGGAGAUCCAGCUGAGUCACGCCAACAGACAGGCGGCCGAAUCCCAGAAACAGCUGAGGAACGUCCAGGCACAACUCAAGGUAAAACACACAGAGCUGCUCUUAAAUUAGUAAAAUGAUAUCCAGGAAGUGGAUAUAUCCUUAAAGGUGUUGUUUCUGUCUUUAAAGGAACUGCAGAUCCACCUGGAUGACGCUCUGAGGAGCAGUGAGGACAUGAAGGAGCAGGUAGCCAUGUCAGAAAGGAGGAGCAAUCUUGUGCAGGCAGAGAUGGAAGAGAUCCGAGCUGCUCUGGAGCAAACGGAGAGGAGCCGUAAGCUAGCAGAGCAGGAGCUGCUGGACGCCAGUGAGAGGCUGCAGCUGCUGCACUCGCAGGUAGAAACAUACCUGAAUAUAUCAAUCAGAUUAUUGAUAAAAGGUUCACUAAAUGGAGAAUAAACGAGUAUCAAAGUCAUGAAGUAAGCAUGAUCUAUGCAGGCUGCUAGAGAUCAGUGGGGAUUGUCUCACUUAUGGAGUAAACCUCUAGUGGACACUCAAGGAACUGCAAUUUUUUUUAGGACUCAAGCGUAAAUGAAAAUCAUCCUUUUGUGUCCUAUUUUAGAAACCUUUCAGGUGUAAAGAAAAGACUCAAAAGAACAGCCAUCCAGGACUUAAAGCCUGAUUUGUUGACAGCUACAAUGAUAAAAAGGACAUUUAAAAAACCUAUCUGCGUUUUUGUAUUUGCUGUCUUUAUAAUAUUGUUAUUUAAUGAUGUGUGACAGAACACCAGUCUGCUGAACAGCCGUAAGAAGCUGGAGGCCGAUCUGUCCAACAUCCAGUCUGAGAUGGAGGACAGUGUUCAGACAGCGAGGAACGCUGAGGAGAAAGCAAAGAAAGCUGUCACUGAUGUAAGAGAGGAUUAACGAUAUAAAAAAUCACUGUAUUAUAUUUGUUUUUGACCUUAAUGUUAGUAAAAGAUAUGCAUUGCAGUUGUUUUAAAACCACAUCAUAUCCUCAGCUCCUCAAACAGAAUUCAGUCAUUUGGUUGUUGUUUGUUUGUUUCCAGGCGGCGAUGAUGGCAGAGGAACUGAAGAAAGAGCAGGACACCUGUGCUCACCUGGAGAGGAUGAAGAAGAACGUGGAGGGGACAGUGAAGGACCUGCAGCACCGACUAGAUGAGGCAGAAAACCUAGCUAUGAAGGGCGGGAAGAAGCAGAUGCAGAAACUGGAGGCACGGGUACGAAUGAUAGAUCUUAUUUUUAGUAAAGCAAACAUUGGAAACUUUUGGCUUUUUGUGAGUUUUGGUGCCCUCUGCUGACAAAGCAGGAUAUCAUAUUUCCUUGCUGAUGUGGUUAUUAUGGCUUUGUUUCACCUGUGCUCUCCAGGGUCUACCUGGAUCCUAAUCUGCUUACAGAGACAAAGAUAUUGAGUUUUACUUUCUCUCUUUGAAACAAACUUGUGUGUGCAGGUUCGGGAACUGGAGAACGAGCUGGAGGCUGAACAGAGACACGGAUCAGACUCUGUGAAAGGAGUUCGUAAACUGGAGCGCAGGGUCAAAGAGCUUGCCUAUCAGGUAAACAGUGAACACAACUGAUUUAUUUUGAUAUAGAGGAUUUUCAAUUAAGGGCUGCGUGGUCAGUGCUGAGAGAGGACAAAACAAUUGUGCUAAGUUUAACUAAGGUCAAAUAAAAUUGUGUGUUUGAGUUUUUCAUGUUUUCAUUUUCAAUGAAACUUUCGUACCUAACCUCGUCUGUUUGAUUUCUAUCAGAGCUGUGUGGGACAAGGUUAACAAUAAACCCAAACUCCCAUCAUCCCUCUCCACUCAGUAAUAUAAUUAAGCCAUUUGUUUUAAUUUACUCUUCUGGGCUAAUUCCACCUUAAACUUUUUAUUUGCCUUAUCUGUUUCGUAAACGUUGUUUGAGCUGAACUGACAUUUGACACUGAAAUGUCACAUGAGGCAGAGGUAGACCAACAACUCCUGAGAAAACAGUCUUUUGUAAUGUUUAGACGCUUUCACUAACAAACAAAGCAUCAUGAAUAAAAGAGUUGGUUUCUGUUUCAGUCUGAUGAAGAUAAGAAGAACAUGCUGAGGCUGCAGGACUUGGUGGACAAACUGCAGCUGAAGGUCAAAGCGUACAAGAGACAGGCUGAAGAGGCUGUGAGUAUAGAAGGCCAACGCCGAUGCAAAUAAUCAGACAGCAGGUUGGCCAACGAGUGAUAUAAUACCCAUAUUCUGCUGUUGUUUUUUGUCUUUAUUUUUGUUGAACAGUUAAGUUUACAUGAUCCGUUUUGUAAAUUGUGGUUACCUUGCAGGAAGAGCAGGCCAACACUCACUUGUCCAAGCUGAGGAAGGUGCAGCACGAUCUGGAGGAGGCGGAAGAGCGAGCCGACAUCGCAGAGUCCCAGAUCAACAAGAUGAAGGUGAAGAGUCGAGACCUAAACAAGGUGAGUCAGAGCACCUGAACAGACACAACAGAUCUUAGCCUUUUUUUUUUACAUUCACUGUGUUUUUUGAUCUUCACUAUCUUUCCAUUUUAAUUUUCUGAUCAUUUUGUUCUGAUCUUCAGAAUAAAGACAGCGGGGAGUAGUCUCUGGUCAUCAUGACAGCUGUGAAGCUAGCGGUGUGUCUGAGAUAGUCAGCAACAUACUCCUAACACAUAUUUAUUAAUGUAUUUAUUAAUUAUUUCUGUAUUUAAAGCCAUUUUAUGCGUAGAUUGAUAUUUUGGCAUCAAUUUUAGACAAUGCUUUAGUCACAUGGUUUUUGAUUUAUUACUUAUCUUUUAUUUUAUUUUGACCCUUAUUAAGAAACUCUCGUUCACAUCAGCCAGUGUGAAACCCUUCUAUACCUUUCCCGCUGUUAUUUCAUCAUUAGACACAAUAUUACACAAACACACUCAUUUUUUAAAUUUAACUGUUUUAUGUCAUAUUAACACUAGAGGGUGCCAAACUGUCAUUUUUUAUUCACAUUGUGGCUUUAAAUCAGAAGUGAUGAAUAUACUUGUGUCGUUGUGUAGCUGUUGUAUGUUGCCUUAAUGUCAAUAAAGUGUGAAUAAAAUCACUAA